UGGAUGUCUAAUAAUCGAGCAGCUUCCUCGCCCCCUCGAACUCCCACUUUAGUACAAGGUGCACAAGGAAGUACAUACCGGUAAAACCAGCCGCUAUUGCAGUCUGCUUUGACCAUAAUAAACAGACUGCUACGAUGAGCUCUACGUUGUCAGAGCAACAGAGUGCUAUGGGGUCCUUCCUCUCGCAAUUACUCGCUGGAAGUGACUUUGAGAAUGGGGUAGCAGAGAUUGAGGUUGUCCAAGACAACGCCGUGGGGCAUGGCAAGAAGACCAAGAAUGGAAGAUCUGUAUUGGAUCGCAGCGGCAGCGCAUCUAGGCAUCGGAUAUGUCGGUGGGAUAGUUUGCCCUCGCAACAUCAUCAGGAUUCCAAGAAGAAACUUGAUUCUCAAGAGGUCAAAUCCAUGCGGACGUUGAGAAGACCGAGACGGAGACACAGUACAGAACUGGAAGGAGACGAUGAUGCUACCACUGGCACAGCAGUAUCAUCAUCCAGCGAUGGUACAUGUAGCACCCUGUCCAGUAGUAGUACCUCCGAAAGUGAAACUGAGAGCUUUUUCACAAGCAAACCGUCUCGUGGGUCCAGUCCGCCGUGUCGAUCUAUGGGCUGGAUUGCCAAAGACGCACAUCGAUAUCGAAACAGGGCUGCUGGAACGCAGCGACCCAAGAAUUACCAAUCGAGCGCUGCGUAAACGCAACGGGAGAAAAGCAGAAAAGCUACCCACAUUCAAAAAGAUCCGAAUUUUGAUGUGCUCCCAACAUGAUGUAUACUAUUUAAAUCCGUGUACCGGUACCAUCCAUAGAAGCUUGUAACACUAGCAAAGUCAAGAUUUCUCAUAUCCACAACAGCGAAAUCCUCAUGCAGGCAUUAUCCCUACCUGAGAAUUGCCUUGUUCCGUUUCCUCACGGGCCGUGCGGCAGAUUGUCAGCUCCGUUCUUCUCUUGAAGGGCGGAGAGUCUAUGAGUCACCCCAGAACUUAAACUGUAACAACCAUACCUCACUCGCG